UAUUUCCGAAACCUGAAGUAGAUAUACAUAUAACAGAGUUAAAAAAUAAAUGGAAAGAUAAUGAAAAAGGACAUAAGGCAAGUCAAUAUAUUAAAAACAAAUAUUAUGGUUACUUAGAUAUGUAUACAGAUGGAUCAAAAAGCGAAGAAGGGAAGGUGGGGAUUGGAAUCUAUGUACCAACAAUGAAUUAUAGCAUCAUUAAAAGAUUACCUGACCAGCUCUCGGUUUAUACAGCAGAAAUGAUGGCAAUUAUUAUAGGCUUGCAAUGGAUAGAGGAAAUAAAACCAGAUAGAGUGGUAUGUUGUGUGGACUCUCUGGCAGCAUUAUAUAGUAUUAAAAAUAUGGAAUCAAGUCGAGAGGAUUUAUUAUUAGAAAUACAUCAAAACUUAUUCCAACUACACAUGUUAAAAAUAGACAUAAGAUUUUGCUGGGUGCCUGCACAUGUAGGGGUGGAGGGGAAUGAGGUGGCAGAUAAAAUGGCUAAAAUGGGAAUUAGAAGGAAUGAAAUUAUAGAUAUACCUGCUGGUAAAGACGAAGUAAAGGCAAUAAUCAAAAAACAAAUGAUGGAGAAAUGGCAAAAUAGGUGGGAUAAGGGUAGUAGCGGGAGAAAGUAUUAUAAAGUACAAAAAUCUAUCAGCACACAAGGGGUGAAGAGAAAAAACAGAAAAGAGGAAAUAGUGUUAACUAGGAUGAGGCUCAAUCACACCGGGUUAAAUGACAAGAUGUUUUUGAUAGGGAAAUGUAAAUCAAAAGUAUGUAUGGAAUGCAAAAGUAUAGAGAACGUAGAACACAUAUUACUACACUGCAAGAGAUAUAGGGAAGAACGUGUAACGUUAAGGAAAAGAAUUAAGAAGAUAGGAAGGGAAUGGAGCAUUGAGGGUAUCUUAGGAACAGGUGGGGAGGGGGUAAGAGAUAUACAGAGGGCAGUGAUAGAAUAUUUGAAGGACACAGGAUUAUAUAAUAGAAUAUAGAUAAGUAUUAGAAUAUUUUAGUAUUAUAUUAUAUAGUAUUAUAUAGUAAUAUAUAGUAUUAUAUAAGUAUUAUUAUUAGGAUUAUUAUUAGUAGUAGUAUAAGUAGUCUCCUCACUAUCUAAGAUAGCAUAAAGUAAGAUACUGUAUAUGGCCCAUGUUACAUACUCCGGUACAGUAGGUGGCGGUAUGCACCUUUUCAAGUCAUGGUUGCAACCCGCCAUUAAACUAAAAGAAGAAGAAGAAGAAGGAACAGAUUGAGUCGCAAUGGCAGCAGCGAGAGUUGAACUACGCCAGCAACUUGUGUCGGAUUUCUAACAAGAGUUUCAUUCAACUUUUACACCACACACCGACGACGACACCACUUUCUAAUGUGAGAAACAAACGUCACCUCGAUUCUUCCACUCCGAAAAUGUCCCAGGGAUGUACAGUUUCUGUGGAAGAAGUCCAGUCUUGGUGGGAAGUCCCCGCCAUAGCCCACUUCUGCUCGCUGUUCAGGGCAGCGUUCAACCUUCCCGACUUUGAAAUAGAGAAGCUGUGUAGGUGGCUGUGACAGAUCAAUAUUGUCUCUCAGCAACUAGACUCUUGUGAUGCAUCGCGCUCAUCAAGGACUGGUGUAUCCUGAGGAUGUGUGAGACGUUUUCCUAUGGUUUUAUGGCUCCAUGCAUGUUUGUCAUGUGAUUUCAUGUGGGGGUGGAAGGUGUUGUCACAUGAUUGUUCCUGCAGGAACCAAGUGUGAACAGAAUUGGUGUUGGUUGGGGGAGAAAGAAACCAAAGCAUGGAAUUGGAGAAGGCUCUUUCAGAGCAGGACUUGAACUUCCUUGGUGACCUUAUUGCUUGUCUGCUGCAGGGAUGUUACCAGCGCACUGAUAUCACGCCCAAGUCCUUUGGCCGCUACCUGGAUGACAUCAUCAGCUACAGGUGGGAACUGGAAGAGGGGAAGCCCAACCCACUUCGAGAUGAACCCUUCGAAAAUCUGCCCCCUCGCACUCAGAUUGAAUUGCUGCACAGACUCUGCGACUACCGCCUGGAUGCUGCUGAUGUGUUUGACCUGCUAAAGUUUGGGCACCCCUGGUCUAGAGUAUGUAACUGUAGCCCACAGUUGUGCAGGGCCCAUCUGGGAAGGGUUUUAGUCAGCCUUCUACAGGUUGCAGUCAUCUACCAAACCUUCAGAGUUGGAUGUCACGGUGUAUGUGGACUGGAUGCAGACAGUCUGAGAGUAGAACCACUAGGGCAAGAUGGGAAUGGAGCCCUCUACUGGUAUUUUUACGGCACUCGUAUGUACAAAGAAGAGCCACUCAAAAGAAAAGCGGACAAAAUCAGUGAAACCCCUGAUGUAACUUUACCAGAGAAAAGGAAAAGGGGAAGACCACCAAAGAAGAAAAGAUUAGAAGAUACUGAUCUAAGAUGCGGAGCUGGAUUUGAAACCAACUUUCUAACAGACACAUCUGAGUCAGAAAGUGAAGAGAAUUUGGAAAAUGGUCUGGAUGAUCUACCUCCUCCUAAAGGCUAUAAGCGAGGCACUUGGUCCCUUGUGUGCGAUACAGAGGAAGAGUGGGUCAGCUUGGCAGAAAGCGUAAAGGAUAAAGCAUCUCCACAAGACCGCCAACUUUACCGUGUCAUCAGCCAGAAUUUUUUGCCUGAGAUACGCAGCAUGAUUGAACACAAGGAGCGUGAGCAGAAACAGAAGCUUGAAGAUCCAACCCUGUUCCGUACAUCAGAACGAUACUCUGAAAAACACUUGAACCAGGCGGAGGAGGAUAACGUGAAGGCCACGGUGGAGUUGGAGAAGAGAAAAGAUGAAGAGCUGGACAGGCAGGUCCUGCUGGCCGAACAGCGGCGAGAAGAGGAAAGGCUUCAGCAGCAAGAAAGACAGCGAGAGAAGAUGGAAAAGAUCAAAGCUGUUGAAGAGCGAGCAAAAAGGAGGAAAAUGAGAGAGGAAAAGGCCUGGCUGCUGUCUCAGGGAAAAGACCUUCCGCCAGAACUUCUGAAUUUGGAGCCUUCUUCACCAGUCCUCAGAACACGGAGGACUAAAGAGUUCUACGAGAUGGAAGAUGACUACACGGGUUUAUACAAAGUGCUGGAGGCCUUGAAAGCUCAUAAAGAUGCCUGGCCUUUCUUAGAACCUGUGGAUGACUCCUAUGCCCCCAAUUACCAUGACAUCAUCCAGACUCCCAUGGACCUUUCUACCAUUGAGAAGAAAUUCAAUGAUGGAGAGUAUGUUUCCAAGGAGGAGUUUAUUUCUGACGUGAAGCUCAUGUUUGAAAACUGCAUUGAGUACAAUGGAGAAGACAGUGAGUACACUCUGAUGGCAGAGUCUCUGGAGCGCUGUUUUAACCGGGCCCUGUUAAAACACUUGCCAUCAGAGGAUGGCGACACUGAUGAGGAAUUUCACAUCAGCAAAGAAGACAAGGAGCGCAAGGAGAAAAAGCGCAAUCGUGGCAGUAAACACUUGGGGCCAGAAAGUUUGAUCAAGGCCGCCGAGGACGUCCAACGUAAACGAAGUGUCCUGGAAGGCAAAGGCAAAACGCCAUCAGAGGACCAGGUUAGCAAGUUGGUACAACAAUGUCCGCCACCACACUGGGGCAACCACCCCCCUCACUACUACAGCAUGUCUUUGAGCCAGCAACACCAUCACAAAGGACACAGCAGGGGAAUUUACCAACACUUACACCGUCCUCCUGGGCCCCCUGGUCCUCAUGGUCCACACAUGUAUGCUCAUAGAAUGGGCAUGGAUCCUCGCUUCGCCUACCCAGGUCACAUUCCCAGGCAUGGAGACCCCAACUUGAACCGUUUGCCACACAGCUUUAACAUGCAGCAUUGCAUGGUUGAAGGACCUCAUAUGGACCAUAGAUAUCCAAUGGGCCCUGACACCAACCAGCCUCCCCACCAGCAGCAGCACCACCCUUAUAUGGGUCCAACCCAUGGCCCAUCUCUGGGCCCCCGUCCUUUGGCCCUUCAACUUAGACCUCCUCCUGAAGCCAGUAUAUACCCAUCGCACCACCGUCCAGAGGGCCACACAAUGCACCCAAUGGGUAACCGAUUAUCAGGACCUGAAGGACCUCAGCAGCCUAACUACACUGGAUUGAGGCCUUCUAGUAUGGGGCUGUCUAACAUGUGGACUAGUAUGAAUCACCAGCAUCCAGACAGACCCAGUGGAAUGCACAUGCCUGACCCUAAUGUGGUCAACCAGCACAAUUUAAGUUAUGGUGGCGUCCCACCUCCAGUGGGACACAAACCAUGGCCAGAAGCUGCUGGAUAUCCCCAUCCUCCCCCCAGUGCCCAAUGCCAAAUGUCUUCAGUAGUUAGUUCCCCAGGGCCCAUGCCACAACGCCCCCCGUUAAGCCACUCAGACUCCUCUAGCAAGACACGACUGACUUCGAUGCUGGAAAGUCCAGAGAUGCUGGCUCUGCAGCAGCUGUCAGCCUCUUCUGGACCCCCUGCUGGCUCCCCCCAUCAGCACAUGGGCCACUUUCAGCAGCCCAGGCCCCCAUCAGUUUUUGGCAGCCUCCCAACUCAACUCUCUCAGCGGCCUCCCCCUGCUGCUGAGGUUCAGCUGCUGUGUUCUGCCACAGACAAUGGGCCAGACAGCCAGUCUUCCCCACAGGCAGACAUGCAGCCAAAAGGCACAUCAGAAACCCCUCAACCCCUUUUAAGUGAAACUUCACCAAACAUCACAGUUUCAGCUAACCAAGAUCACCCGUCCAUUCCAAAACCCACAGAACAACACAGCGGGCUAUCACGGGGAUUACACAGCCCCUGUAGCCCUGACUUCAGAAGUCCUCAGGAUUUUAUGCCAGGGGAUAAACAAGGCAGAGCAGAGUGCCCUAAGCAGAACGUAGAUUGCCAAAAUCAAAAUAAUGGUUCCGCCCCUGUGCCCUUGCACUUCAACGCAAGUAAUAACAGUUCCACAGAUGCCAUCAUACCUAACGCAGCUCAGAGUAGUCCUCAACAGAUGACCCGGAGCCCUGCACUUCACCAGAGUAUAUCACCAUCCUUGAAUACCAUUUCUGAAAGCAACCCACCAUAUAACCCUAAUGCGCAUCAGCGACAUUCAACCCAAGAAGCUAUAAAUGUGACAUCUCGAGGCCACCAUCAGGACUCUCCUUCCAAGAUCCAGAACAUGACACUACUGCAACCUCCUCAUCUUGUCACCCAAAGCGACUCCCCACAAUGUCCCACACCGAGCAGCUUUAUGCCACAUGGUGCCUCUCAGGGAGCCCAGCCUGGACACCCUCAACCAGCUCCUCUCACCUCUCUGCCCCCCAGCCACCCUACCCUACACUUACCAUCCCAACCCAGCCCAGCAGAGCACGGAGAUCAAAGACCUUCUGAGCCUACUAGUAGGCCAGAGCCAGAAGGUCCACAUGUGAUCAAAUUUGGGCCUUCAGAUGGUGCUUAUAAAUCGCAGGUCUUUAGUCCCAGCCAGGGUCAACCUCAGAUGAUGAGUAGUAACCAAAGUAUGCAAACAGAUAGUGGUGGAGCACCUGCUCACAAUACAGUCAUGACUCUUCACUCCCAAGGACAGGUAAAUGGAGCAAUGGGUCCAUACAGCAUAAAGAAUCCUUUACAUCCACAGUACAGCCAGGCAAACCUGACCAGGCCCAUUUCUCAUUCUGUUCACCAUCCAUAUCACAACCGGAGCCUCAACUCCCUCCACAAUUCCCAAGACCACCCCAGCUAUCACCAGCAUCAAAGAAAUGCCUUUUCCUAUCACAUGCCUGGCCAUCAGCACCACCAGGCCCACGCCAACAUGUAUCCGGCUCCUCCAUUCCAACAAGAACAAUAUUACCCCCGCCCACAAGGCCAUAACCUGGCCAACAGUCGAGGGGGUUAUACGCCAGAGCACUGGCCGCGGUCUCAUUAUCAGCCUCAGAAGCCAAUGCCACCAAUGGCCUACCUUCCUGUGUGCAGUGCCAAAGGCAACGGUCAGGUCAGUGAGAGUUUAGUGUCACCGACGGGCUCUGAGGGCUCAACUGGUGUGAGUUUGGUGUCCCCUGGGCCUGUGUCUGAAGCUGGUUCCCUCCCUGGAGGCUUGGAGGAUAGAAAGCAUGAAAGCAGAAGCAGUUGUAGCGAUAGCCCAGGAAAGUGCAGUCGUUCUCGAGGGAGCUUGGAGCAACCUGAAAGUCCAAAAGAAAUCCUGGACCUUGAUAGCCACAAUGCUGCUGCCCACCAUCGCAGCACACAACCGCACAUGCCACAUGGCUUCAUGUACGACCCUCGCACCAUUCAUGUUGGGAUGCAGCCUGGUGGCGCUCCUCCCUCCCACUUGGUGCCUCAAGGCAGCGGCGCUGGAAACCGAACCCUAUACACUAGGCCCCCAUACCCAAAUCCAGGACGUUAUGCUGCACAGAGACCUCACCCACACCUAAUGGAGGCCCUGCAGCGGCCUCAGCAACUGCCUUUCUCUCCCGGUCAGAUGCGCCUGUCCAUGUUCCCUCGCCCUGUUGGCCACUUUCAAGGCAUGAUGAUUCAGCAGAGAGGCUUGGCAUCUGAACACUUCCAGCACCCGGGGCCACAGAUAAUGACUGCACCUGGUGGUUCAAGCAGCAAACAAGGAGUGUGAAAUGCGUUGCGUUAUCACGGCAUGACUCACUGAGCCAAAUUGAGAGAUUUGGGCAUGCCGACAGAGGCUGUUAUAUGGUAUUAAUAGCACCUCCUUACAACUUGUACAGUAUGCUUUCACUGGCUUCUAUUUUGGUCAGACUUGAAGGUCCUUCAGGAAAAGUCAAAUUACACACACAGACACACACACACACGGUGAACAGGAAGCUUUAGAUCUCGUAGAGCUGAUGUUAUGUUUAGAGCAGUCUCUUCUCAACAUGGACUUGUAUCCUCCAAAUUCAGUACGGUACAUGGACUUUUUACCACUUGGCCACAAUGCCUUGGAAAACACUGGACACCCCUUUCUGCUGUGAACAAUCAAAAGUAUGGAUGGAUUCACAGGACGCAACCCACGAGCCAGAAGGGAAGGGGACUGUUUGUUGCACUGCAUUCUAAGAUGUUCAGUUCCAACCGUCUUGUUAAUCUCAGGUAUAGAUGAGGAUGGUACACUGACCAAGUCGACGCCCAGGUUCAGUUGUCCUGGUUGGCUUUGUGAAUGUAUGGGUGAAUGUUUAGAUGAGUCAAAUUAAAGCUGCAAGUGAGAGUGUAAGAGUGUGUAUGAAUCACCUUCCUGUCUCAUUUCUACUUCACUGUGUGGUAGUAGUUGUUAAUCUAGGAGUAAGCCCACUAUAGUAGUCCAUAUGUCUUUAGAACUGUGUUCAUUGCCAAGCCUGUGAGGUCUAGCUAAGAUGACACUGGUUGUAUGUGAUUGUACCUGACUCCUAUAUGCACUAUGUUUUUUUUUUAAACUAAACAUCCUCAAAUGAGUGGCCUUGCAGAGUCUUUCAUUUUUAGUCUGUCUGUGUGUAAAUAAGUCAAUCUAUUAUUAGUGAAGACAACCCCUUCACCUCCAAGUACGGCAAUGUUUUCAGGUGAUGUUGCAUCCUGCUUGCUGUUGCAUAUGCACACAUCAGUCCACACUAAUUAUCCAGUUUGACAUUUGGCAUUCCACCCAGGUCUAGAUUCAUUGACAACCAGCCUUGUUCUCUGCAUGCUUGCUUCUGUGAUUCGCUUCCUCUUCUCAGGGAUUACACUUUUAUACGGGUAUUUUUUUCUCUACUGUUUUGAAGCAGGUGCAACAUAAGGAUGCAUUUAGCUAUAUUUGAGGUCUAAGUUGGACUUUUUUUUUAUAGCGUGACUACAAGUGAAACUGAUGGUUCUUUAUUCCUGUGUAUGUGACAUCACUGUGUUUAUUCAUUUGGGGCUUUUUCCAAACACUUACCUUUAUCGGAGCAGCUGCCACCGUCCUCCCCCCAACUGUCAUGUUUGGCAGCCAAUUAAUCUACCUCUUAGAGCCAAUGUGUGGAUUCUAUUUUUUGGAUCAGAUGUUAACCCUUGAUGUCAUGAUGUGCCAAUUAGUGGUGCUUCCUGGUCUCCCGGUUAAGAUCUUGACAUGAAAUGACAGAUUUACAUCACAACUGUAUGUGACUAUAGCACAGUGUCAGUGUUUGCCUUCCAACCUGUACACUUUGGAUAUGUCAGUGUAAGGUCAGCAUACUGUAGUUUGACAGGAAUACGGUGGAUCCCCGCACAUUGGCAAUUCAGCAUUUGCAGCCUUGCAAAUUCAUGGAUUUUUGGACAAAAAUACGUGUGUGAUAAUACUGGUAAAAUGUACAGCAUAAUGCACCACUGUUAAAAAUAGCCCACAAUUUUGUGAUAUUCAUGCUUAACUGAUAUUCGUCAGGCAUUGAGAUUUUGCACUUUGUUCGGCCAUCGUUCGGACCAUAUGUCAAAAAUAGACAUUUUUAUGGGCGUAUCAUAAUUGGCAUGAAAAGCGGGGAUCAAGUGUAUUCAUCAUUUUUAGCAUUAGCUGCAUAAGAUAAUGUAAGUAUGUCUCAAAGAAGGAAAAUUAUCAAUGGGCUAUUUUCAAAUUGUGAAUUGUCUCAAUAUCGUAGCUCUACGGGUCCGCUCUGGAGGAAGUGUCGACACUUGUACUAUCUAAUCUGUAAAGUUUCCGUGUGUGUGCGCGCGCGCGCGAGAGAGAAAGGUACAGUGUACAGGUGUGUAUGUGACGUGUGUGUAGAAUUGGCACCGGAUCUGCGCCAAGCGUGUGUACACAAGUCCGUUGUGAUGCACAAGUGAAAACCAUUUAGAUGUGAAUUCUAUUUAUUUGCUGUUUUAAGAUUUUUUGUACAUCGUUUGGACUUGUUUUAAUAUAAAUGAGCUAUCUUGUGUUUUUUCUUUUCUUCAUGUUGCUUUGUAUGCGUGAGUGUGUGGUCUCAAAGAAUUACCUGUAUGUUUUUGUUCUUGACUGACAUAGAUUGUUUGGGAAAUGGACUGGAGUAUUUUCUAUACUGUAUAUGUCUUAGAA